AUGCAGAGAGCUGGUGGUACACAGCAAGAACAGUCGACACGAGUUGGGCUACCAACACAACAGGCGGCGAUAAUCGGGAAGUUACGGCCAGGAGGAGUUAUGGCUGUCGGGUCACCGGGUCACGAGGAUCUUCUCCGCUCUCCACAACGUGGGAUUCAAGUACGGCAACCGGUUUGUUGUGAGCCAAGAAAGUUCCAAGUUAGAGUCACAGACACUUAUUCGGCGCCAAUUCCAAAAGUGAGCAAUGCGAAACGCCAGCACAACUCACUGAAGAUCCAGAGGAGAUAUUGCAUGUGCAAAAAAUUGAAUAGCUUACGGAGUCAGGUGCUUACGAUAUGGAGGCUCCAGAUGCCAAAUGAGAUGAAGCAGGAGAUGAAAUUGCCGUCACGCUUAACAUCAGCCACGUAG